AUGCAUAGUGGAAUGAGGCAGACUCACACCCAGGACAAAGCCGGCUUGUUCCAUGUAACAACAUCACUGCUCCUCAGAGAAACUUCUCAGAAGAAUCUGACAUGUUCUGUCUGGAACCCAGUUCUGAAUCAGAAAAAGGAAGAACAAUUGUUCACAACAGCUGCUGAGCCCGACAGUACAACAAUCAUCAUAAUGGGUAUAGUUCUGGCAGUUCUGGUACUGCUGACUUCCAUCAUCACUGGGCUUUAUUUAAACAACAGUCUCAAAAACCGGCACAAAACCAGGAACAAGACCCAAAUCAGCAAAGGCUCUACUCAGAGGAAGUCACAUCAAUGAGACGCUAAUACCUCAACCAUAAAAUAUGGAAAAUAAACUUCACUUAUAGAACUUCUGUGUGGAUUAAAAGAUAUAUAUUUAUAUAAAGCAUCCUUGCUUUAUACCAAUACAAA